CAACAACACUCCCUUUAAAAACAGAAAUAAAUAAAUGAAAACAAAAAUAAAACAACAACAUUAAUUCAAAAAAAAAAAAAUACUCGUUCGUAGUUUACUUGUCAAAGCAUAUUUACCAAAUUUCUUAUUUCGGUUUUCAAAAAAGUAGCUAUGAAAUCAGCAAGUUGCGUAGACGGAUGACGAGUUCUGACAUGAAACCAUAAGUUUUGGAAAUUGCGUAACUUCCAGCUGCAUACCCAAAAACAAAGAUUUUUUUUUUUCCCCCUCUGUAAGCAUCGCUCCUGCUCUGCUUCCUCACUGUGUGAUUACUGUGUGCUUUUUGUUGUGGCUAUGGUGUUUGAUGAUGGUUUUAAAGGUGGGUUGCGCCUCAAUUCAGGCCUGACGGCUGACGGCGGAGAUAUAACAUCGGCACUUUUGAGAGGCGAGGAAAUGGUCGUUGCUCCGGAAUCAAACGACGCCGUUUCGGGCGGCUCUGGCUCUGCCUAUUCUUCUAAGGAUUCUGUGAUUGUUGACAUUUCUGACACCGCCCAUCAAAUUAGUCAAGAUUCGUGGUUCCAGGUGGCGUUUGUCCUUACAACGGGGAUAAACAGUGCAUAUGUGUUGGGAUACUCUGGCACUAUUAUGGUACCGUUGGGUUGGAUUGGUGGUGUGGUCGGGCUAAUUUUAGCAACAGCGAUAUCUUUGUAUGCAAAUAUGUUGGUCGCCAAGCUUCAUGAAUAUGGAGGAAGGAGACAUAUCAGAUAUAGAGACCUUGCAGGAUUUAUGUAUGGUGACGAAGCCUAUAGUCUUACGUGGGCGCUGCAGUAUGUUAAUCUCUUCAUGAUCAAUGUCGGGUACAUCAUUUUAGCCGGCAGUGCCCUCAAGGCUCUUUAUGCACUUUUCCAAGAAGAGUCUGGCAUGAAGCUUCCACACUGCAUUGCAGUUUCUGGCUUCGCGUGUAUCCUUUUUGCAAUUGCCGUACCCCAUUUAUCAGCUCUACGAGCAUGGCUGGCAUUUUCAACAGUUUUUAGUACGGUGUACAUUGUCACAGCAUUUGUUCUGGCUCUAAAAGAUGGCGUUGAAGCUCCUCCCCGAGACUACAGCAUUCACGGAACAACUACUAGCAAAAUUUUUACUACCAUCGGUGCAUCAGCAAACCUUGUUUUUGCAUUCAAUACUGGAAUGCUUCCAGAAAUACAGGCAACCGUGAGGCAGCCCGUCGUUGACAACAUGUUGAAAGCUCUGUAUUUCCAGUUCACAGCUGGAGUUCUGCCAAUGUAUGCCGUUACCUUCAUUGGUUACUGGGCGUAUGGAUCGGAGGCAUCGGCCUACUUGCUGCACAAUGUCCACGGCCCAGUCUGGUUGAAGGCUGCAGCCAACAUCUCAGCAUUCUUACAGACGAUCAUUGCCUUGCACAUCUUUGCAAGUCCAAUGUAUGAAUAUUUGGAUACAAAGUUUGAAUUGAAAGGAAGCGCUCUAGCAGCACGCAACUUGUCGUUCAGGAUUGUGGUGAGAGGCGGCUACUUGGGCAUAACGACCUUCGUCUCAGCACUGCUGCCGUUCUUGGGGGAUUUCAUGAGCCUUACCGGGGCACUGAGCACGUUCCCUCUCACAUUCAUUCUGGCGAACCACAUGUAUCUGAUGGCACGGAAGCACAAGCUGACGUCGCUGCAGAAGAGUUGGCAUUGGCUCAACGUUGUCUUCUUUGGAUUCAUGUCUCUUGCAGCCGCGGUUGCUGCGCUGAGGCUCAUUGCUGUUGAUUCAACUAACUAUCAUUUCUUUGCUGAUUUAUAGGUUUGGUAUUAUUUAAGGGUAUAUUUUAGCCCCUCCAUUUUUGUAUUUAUUUUUUAAUUGAAAUGUCCAUUUUCUUGUAAAUGUAAUCGAGUUAAUAUUGUAUGAACUUACAUUUUGAUGUAAAAUAAUGGACAAGCCAUCUUACAGAAAGCAGUGUAAUGAAUUUUUAGUUGAGUACUA